AAGCCAAUCUCUGAAAGACCUCUCUUCUCUGCACACAGAUCUAGUAAACCUCCGAUCUCUCCCUCUCUGAUCUAAUAAAAACCCCAAUCUCUCUCUCUGUCUCGCUCUCGCUCGCUCACUAUGGCCAGAGAAUUCAACGUCCCCCCAGUAGUGUUCCCCAACUCCAACCCCAAUCCCACUCCCCCCACCCAACGCAACCGCCCCGCCACCGCCCCCUUCCAACCUCCCCGCCCCACCACCACCACCUCCCUCCCCUUCAUGUCCUUCGACAUCGGCACCGCCCCCACCUCCACCUCCUCAACCUCCUUCUCCACCCCCCAAUACGGCGCCGUUUUCCCCGCCAAUUUCGACGACGAGCCCCCCCUCCUCGAAGAACUCGGCAUCAACACCAAACAAAUCUACCACAAGACCAUCUCCAUCCUCAACCCCUUCAAAAUCCAACCCGAUUUACACGAACACGCCGACCUCUCCGGCCCCUUCAUCUUCCUCCUCGCUUUCGGCCUCUUUCAACUCCUCGCUGGGAAGCUACAUUUCGGUAUCAUACUCGGUUGGGUCACCGUUUCCGCAUUGUUUCUCUACAUUGUCUUUAAUAUGUUAGCGGGUCGUAACGGGAAUUUGGACUUGUACCGCUGCUUGAGCUUGAUUGGCUAUUGUAUGUUGCCGAUUGUGAUCCUGUCUGCGCUGUCGUUGUUUGUUCCCCAAGGUGGGGCGGUUAUUUUCGGGGCUACUGGUGUUUUUGUGGUCUGGAGUACGAGGGUUUGUACUAGGCUGCUGGUUGAGUUGGCAUCGUGUGGGGAUGAGCAUCGUGGGCUAAUUGCGUACGCUUGUUUUCUCAUUUACGUGUUGUUUUCAUUGCUGGUUGUAUUUUGAGUUGGAGAUGAUCAGAAGACAUUGUGAUUGGAUUUUAUGGAUGGUAAAGUUUAGGCUUCGUUACUAUUUCGAUGAUAUUUGUAAUGGAAGUUAUAUGUUAUGAAGAUAAUAUAUUGUGUGCAUUAAAUAGUGACAGCAAGUAGCUGCUGUUUGGAUUUUGAUUUCAUAUGCUUUCUAGAUAUUCAACUUGUUUAAGUA